UAAGACGUCACUCGCGCAGAUUUAUGCUAUGUAUCUUAUCGGUUGCUGCUCUUAACUUUGACUUAAUAUCAUCAUAAACUGAAAAGUAAAAUAAUAAUAAUAAUAAUUACGCUGUCAGCAUUUCGUUAUCUGUAACGAAAAAGAGUCGGUGGGUGAAAAAAAACCCCGCCUAAACUGAGGGCAACAUGAACUGGGUCGGAGGAUCCAGGAGCAGGUAUAUGAAAAGCAAAGAAGACACAACAAAACAAAGAGCGUUUUUUUCAAAAGCAAAGGAUGAAAAGGAAGUCAAAUAUCGAGGAAUCACCCAAAGGAUACAACCCUGACAAUAUGGAUCUGCUGACAUUAUUCAUAGUCAACCAGAUUUCAUCAAAGAAAGAGCAAACAGACAAACCAAAAACAAACCUUUUGACUGGUGUGAAAAGAACCAAAAGAGCUUUGAAAGAGCCCUCAGAGUUACCAAUGAGCCCCUGUUCUCCUUCAAACCUGAACCUAGUUACCAGUCAGCCACAGUACUGUACUGAUACGCCUGGUUAUAAAGUCAGAAAACAUCGUCUCUCUGAAGAAUUCAAGUUCACGCCGCUGUCUCCUUUGCUUGAAUCGAACCUGUCUGAUGCCAGUGGCUCAGAAAACCAGCCGCAGCCGCCCCCCUCAACAUCUUCUGGCUCUUCACAUCCACUCCAACCCAAACCUGCACCACACGGAUCCUCCUCUCUGCCAACUCUGUCAAAUCUUAGCAAUCUCCAGAAAACUCCUAAGUUUGUGUCAUUCUCUCAACCAACAAAGCUGGCUAAUCCAUGGCCGGGUGAAGCUCUCGUGCAAGAUGCGGCACGCGACAGCUCAGCAGCUGGAAAUCAGUUUGAGAGCACAUUACCCAUAAUUUGUUGCAGCCCAGAGAGGGGAGAGCAUUCAUAUCCCCUCAACCCUUUAAAGAGCACCGAAGAACCGGAGGAGCCACUGUUCAUAGAUUUUAAGAACUUAGAUUCUAAAGUGAUCGACUCAAUGAAUUCUUGCGACAGAUCACAAAACAUGGAGAGUAAUGGCCACCUCUCAACACAGGAAUUUGUAUGUAUUGACAGCAACACAUCAGGUGCUGAUGGUAGCAGUGUCUUUGUGCAUGUUGGAAAAUCUCCAAGAGGAGUUUAUCGCAGCUCAGAUGACACGGAAGCACAAAGGCGUGAUGGGACUCCCCCAAUAACCUUGGAAACAGGGACACAAACAGGAGCUUUAUCCUACCGAGAUGUCUCGGUUCAGUGCUCACUUAUUCAUCUCCCUUUCCCCUCUGCUAAUAAGAAAACCAGCACCUUUACCACAAGGUGUCAGUAUUCUCAUUUUAAUCCAACAACACAUACUUCUCCAAAAAAUGGGCACAAAAGAACAGGAAGCAUGCCCUCAGGGGUAUCAGCAACAAAGCAGCAGGCACAGAGAAAUCCAAAAUCACAAAUGGGCUUCUCCUUCCGCAAGCUUCAUAGUCAGAAGAGCAUGAAAAGAGAUCUGACGUCAGCUGCGAAACAUCCUUUCUGCAACGCCUCGGAACAGAAAAAAGAGGAAAGCAGGAAGAAAAUAGACAAGUGUGACUACCCUCGGUUGGGAAAUGUGACGCGAAACCCUGUUAAGGACAUCAGGCAUGCAGGAGCGAUUGUGAAAGAGAUGAAGAGGUGAAGAACUUCACAGCAGAGAAAGGUGUGAACUGG